GUGUAUAGGCUACUAGCUAAUAUAAUUCCGCCGCAGUAUCAUGGAAGUCAUUCUGUACGAAUAACUGAUUAACCUCCACGCAUGUAUAUUGCACCUAAAGUAAAGCAGCCUCCCGCAGGGGUUUACCUGUACAUGAAUCGAAAGUGGAACAUAUUGGCACAUUUAUGAAUUCUUCGUUUACUCCUGAAUUCAUAUUGAACUUCGCUCGUCACAGACCGAGACUUUAUUCAGUAUGGCCGCAGACAGGUGUCAAAACGAAUCAGCGAAUCGUCACUACGAAGAAGGUGGCUGGGGAUGGAUCGUUGUCAUUGCUACUUUUACAGCAGAGAUGAUCGUGUUUGGAAACAUAAAAGCACUGGGUGUGUUUGUGGAAACUAUAGCGAAGGAGUUUGACACUGAUCUCUGGUUAACUGGAUGGGUGGCAUCCCUGUCACUUGCCGUGCAAUUGUUGAUGGGUCCACUUCUUUUACCACUACUGCGCAUGUUCGGUUGUCGCCCAGUCUUGCUGUUGAGUGGUGUCAUGGCAACCGUGGGCUACAUUUUGGCCGCGCAGUCUCAUACUUUCGUCGAGUGGGGCGUGUUCGUCGUGUGUUUUGCAGGGCUUGGCUCGGGUUGUUUUAUUUACGCACUUGUGUCCCUCCUCGCAACAUACUUCAAAAAGUACUAUCCUCUGGUUGUACUCAUUGGGGAUCUUGGUAUGUCGUGUGGAACUUUGAUUUACGGUCCCAUCACCCAAGUUCUCCUCGAUACCUACGGUUGGAGAUGGGCCAUGAUGAUCAUUGCAGGCUUAACGUUCCAUCUGGUUCCAGUGGCAGCGGUAGCUAAAACAUCCAACGUGGACAGAGAUCAACAGAGUUAUCAUCGUAUUCCGCAAACUGUAGAGAGAAGUCCAAGUAACACUUCACCACGUCUACAAAAGUCUGCUGAAGAUGAACAUUGCUGCAGCAAAAUGCUAGCCACCUUUGACUUUGGGGUUUUAACUGAUGUUCGUUUCUUAUUGGUGUCUCUGGCGUGUUGCGUGGUGGCAUUUUGCUUCGUAGGAUGGGCAGUAUACGUCGUUCCACACGGAAUCGAUCAGGGACUAUCUCCUAUGCAGGCAUCUUUCCUACCAACAUCAUUUGCUGUGGGUAAUAUAAUUGGAAAGUUAGUGGCAACUCUCUUUGUACAGAUUGAGCUUGUCCAAGCCCGAUGGGCCAUGUGCAUCGGGGCUCUGUUGGCUAGUAUUUUCUUCUUCGUGGACCCAUUUAUGGCGUCCUAUGCUGGUCUCUUGAUAGUGACUAUGGUUAUAGGAACAGGAAACGCCAUAUGCAAUACAGUUAAGCUCCUCCUAUUUCGGAAUAUGACGUCAGAUGAUCGACUGCUUGGCAUGUUAAUGUGGCAAGGAUUGUUCCUAGGAUUCAGCGAUGUUUUAUCCGGCUUUGCUUCAGGUAAAUAUCUUUAAAAAUAGUGCCAACUAAAAACGAAAACGUGUAUGACUUUGGUCGAAUGCUGUGUAUGUAAAACGAAGAUGUGUAAACUGAUGAAAAAUCUCGUGGAAGGAAACAAGUAAACUAAUAAUAGAAGGGAUUGUUACACUUUGAAGCGUUGAUUGCUGGGAGCGACACUUCAGCAUCUUGCGUGCGCGCUGUCAUAAAUCCGCCGGAAGCCAUUUUCUGUGGUGGCUGCAGGCUCGCGCGAGUCGCGCUCAGGUAGUACA